AUGACACACCAUCACACUCACCAAUACAACAGGGGACAGGGGGAGCGGGCGAGCAAAACAGAGAGUGAGAGACAAACAGAGUGGGACAGAGUGUUGAUUUGGAUUCAACAGAGGAGCAGAAAUUAGACAAAAUCAAACAAGAGAAGAGGGGAAACAGAAACACAGGCAAAACAAGCAUGAAGAAAAACACAGGAGACAGAAUGAGAGGUUGAGAGACAGUGAGAGAGCACAGUGCUAGAGAGAGAGAGAGAGAGAGAGACUGAGAGAGAGACUGAGAGAGAGAGAGAGAGGGAGAGAGGGAGAGAAAGAGAGAGAGAGGCAGAUCUCCCUAACUCCAGUGAUUCCCAGACUGGCUGGCAGUAAGCUCUGUGCUCUGAUCUGCCCGCUCUGAUGGGGUUUCAUGCCCGUUCAAGCAGUGUUGGGGAUCCUGAGGGCAACACAGGUUUCUGCUGCUGAUCUUGGCCUCUCUGAUUCCUACCUAUAUUGACCAUAUCAGCCUGCACAGAUGAGAGUCAGGGCGAGCUACUGACGGCUAAUGGAUCAUCAACCAGUGACAGUCACUAGAGUCCAGAAAGGGAGCUAAAAGAACACCAAAUGCAAGCGGCGGCCCAAGGACGACUGGCAGAUAUGAGAGUGGUACUUGUGUGUGCCCUCCUAUCCCUCUUCUCUUUGUCACAUGCCUGUCCAAAGGAGUGUAGCUGCAACAGCAACACCAAAGUAGUAGACUGCCGGGGUCAAGGCCUGUAUGAUAUCCCCCGACGACUACAUCCAGACACCCAAGAACUGUAUCUCCAAGACAACCGCAUCAGGGGGCUGGGAUCGAUGGCUUUCAGAGAAAUACCCCUUGUCCGCAUUCUUGAUCUGUCUAAUAACUCUAUAACAUCUGUUUCACCAACUGCUCUGCUGGGUCUCAGGACUCUACAGCGCCUCAGCCUAGCCUACAACAGCCUGAGAGAGCUUGACAAGCGGUUGCUCGGACCUAUCCGCUCGCUCUCGCACCUUGACCUCUCGCACAACAGCCUGUGGGGUUUGCCUGGAGCCAUGGGGGACAGUUUGAGGAACCUUAGCCAUCUGGGGCUAGCACACAACAGGCUAACACGGUUGGACCGCUCCCUGUUAGAGGCUCUGACCCGCCUGGACAGCCUCACGCUACGAGGCAACCCCUGGAGGUGCGACUGCCAGCUCAUAGGCCUCAAACUCUGGCUGGAGACCUACCUCUUUAAAGGUGGAGUGGUGGACGAGGUGCUUUGCUCCCAGCCGGAAGAAAUGAGGGGCAGAGACCUGCAGAAAGUCCCUUACCAGCUCUUUCAUGCCUGCAUGACCACAAGCUACCAUUACCUGUUUGCCAACAUACACCACCUGGAGUCUGAGAGGCUACUGCGAGGCCACACCCAUGGCAACCACGCUCAUCCCUCCAGCCAUGCUCUCCACAUCCCCAUGGCAAUGGGGGAAGGCUAUGGUGGUGGUGGGGUAGGAGGAGGAGGAGGAGGAGUAGGAGGAGGAGGAGGAGGGAGUAUGCCAGAGUGUGAAACUAAGCAGAGGCAGCGACCUGUCAACUUGCGCCACGCUAUCGCCACAGUGAUCAUCACCGGGGUGGUGUGCGGAAUCGUGUGUCUGAUGAUGCUGGCUGCAGCAGUGUACGGCUGCGCCUACGCCGCUAUCAUGGCCAAAUAUCAGCGGGAGCUAAAGAAGAACGAGGAGCUGGCAGCGGUGCAGGGGGCAGAUCAUGCCACAGCAGAUGAGAAGGAACCACUGGAGAAUGCUAUUGCCUAGGAGAUGAUAACAUGAACCUUGGACUUAAAACCUGGGCCUCAACCCUUUAACCUUUAAUUGUCUCUGAAUGCCACGUGUGCGUGCGCUUGUGCAUGUAUGUUUGUGAGAAAAAAAGAUGAGAGAGAGUGAGAUUCUUUAUGUGUGUGUACCGUAUGUUCACCUCAUUUCUGAGACUUGGGUAGCUAAAUUCUACAGGUAUUUGACUAUGCACUGAUGAGAGUAUCUUCUACUGUACGUGGGGGUUUGAGGGGUCAGGCCAAAGAAUUCAAACGUAUCAAUUCCAUUUUGUCUGAGAAAUGCAUAUCACAGAUAGGAACAAACUGCUAUAUAUUUAUAAUUGUGUAUUUGUAGGUAUAGUAGUAGAGCUCUGGUAUUUAAAAAUGGAUUUCAGAAUUUGGUUGUCCUUUGGUUGUUGUUCAUAAUUUUGAGUCUGAUUUUGAAAACUCAUAGUAGGCAGCUGCUGUCAUUUAAGUUCUGUUCUAAGUUGCUUGUAUCAUUAACGUGACUGUAUGAGAACCAGAAUGAAAGUGUUUGUGUCAGUGUUUCAUUUAUGCUUGAGUGUGUGUGUGUGUGCGUGUGUGUAUGUGUACUGUAUGCACAUAUUUAUAGAGAAUUUAAGAGUCUGUGCCUAAUAUAACAUGAUAGAGUUUUGAGGAGGAAAUGUGUUUUCGUAAAAAGGAUAUUUUUCUGACAGCCGAAGUGAAGAUGGGAAAUUCGUUGAAGCAAUAAUGAAACAAACUAAAAUGAAAACAACAACAAAACCUGGACUCAGCCUUGUUGUUUUUCUAUGACUUUUACAGGUUCAUAAGUCUGAAUUAUAAUAAUCCUGCUGCACACAGUCACACCCACACACACACACAAACUUUUAGAUCUACAGUUUAUGAGAUCAGUUGAGUCUUGUUUGUGAAUUAAUGCUGAUUACAUAAUGGUAGUCAUGUCCUUCAGUAUGUAUUAUAUAAAAUAAAGGGAAACAUUUUAACUGA